AUGGCAGCCACGUCGAACAGAGGGCUCGUCGUCUUCUCGGGAGGAAGCGCUGCGAAUAAUUUGGUGGAUGUCUUCCAUGCCGUCCGAGAGAGCAAACACUGCCCACUUAGCUACAUCAUCCCAAUCAGCGAUAAUGGCGGCUCGUCAUCGGAGUUGAUUCGCAUAUUUGGCGGCCCUGGAAUCGGCGAUGUUCGAAGUAGACUUGUGCGCCUGAUUCCAGAUUCACCUGCGAACCCCGAAAGGUCGGCUAUCAAGGCGCUGUUCAACCACCGGCUGCCUGCUGAGGGUGCCGCCGCGUCGCUUGAAUGGCAGACCAUCGUCGAUGGCACGUCUGACCUCUGGAAGACCAUUGCACCAGCAAAGAAAGAGUUGAUACGGUCAUUUUUCAACUUGUUGAAUUUGGAGAUCUUGAAGCGAGCAAGGCCGCCGUCUUCUACAUUCGACUUCAGCUCAGCCAGCGUGGGGAAUCUUUUCCUGACGGGCGCGCGACUCUUCAGCGGCAGCUUCGAGAGCGCCAUCUAUCUCCUGGGAAGCAUCUGUGGCGUGCCGUCAGAUGUCGUGCGCGUCAUUCCGGCAAUCAAUUCCAAUUUCUCUCAUCAUAUCUCGGCAUCACUGGCCAACGGGACCGUGAUCGUCGGCCAGAACAGCAUCUCCCACCCAAGUGAGGCAACAGCUCUCCAGAACACCGCAAGAGACAGACGCCCCAGUCUUCUUCUUGCCGAUGGCGAUGACUGCGAGGACACAGACCGGUCAGACAAAGAGGAGGUUAUCUCAUACGAGGACGACCAUCUACCUGGAUCACUCGCCACUCUCCGGAACAAGAACAUCUCAUUCAGCAAGACCGAAAACGAAGAGCUGCCUUGCCGGAUCACUCGGAUCUGGUACAUCAAUCCCUACGGUCAGGAGAUACGCCCGCCCGCCAACCCACGAGUCCUAGAAGCAUUACAUGAUGCGCAGGCUAUUAUCUACAGCAUUGGAUCGUUGUACACAUCCAUCAUACCCGCCAUCAUCCUCCGCGGAGUGGGAAAAAGUAUCGUGUCUAGUCCCGCUCGUCACAAGAUCCUGAUCUUAAACGGGUCGUUGGACCGCGAGACCGGUCCUUCGCCUGAGCCAUUCGCGGCGUCGGAUUUUGUCGAGGCGAUCGUGCGAGCAGGAGAAGGGAGCCGCGGACGCGGACCGUAUGAAUUCCCCGAACAUCGAGGCUCAUCAGAGGGUGGCGCGAGAACACAAUCCCCUGAUUCUCUUCCUUAUAAUUCCUAUGUCACUCACAUCUUGCACCUCGACGGGCCCGGGACGCCCCAUGUGGACCGGGAGCGACUCACGCAAAUGGGUAUUGAGACUCUUCGUCUGUAUGGACGGAAAGUCACACGCAUGGAUGGCGAUACCGAAACAGUGGUCGGGAUGCAGUAUGACGCAAACGCGCUGAUCCAGGCUCUCGAGGUUGUACUGGGGAAGAAAGGCGAUGCGAUGGUUCGUGGAGGUGUGGGCUGGGGGCUAGGAAGACGGAAUACCCUGGACCCUGCUCCAAGAGAAAAAAGAUGA